CUGGCUUCCGUUUCUUUCUUCACUUCCUAAUAUUUGUCAGCUUAAAGAAUUCCUUUUAACCAAGUACUAUGUACAGUUAUUAAACAUUUCUCGUCCACCACACACACAUAUACACACUGUUAUAAUACAUUUUCAACAAUACUACACACUUACAGUACAUUUCUCAGCUACCACACACACCAUUAUAUAACAACACAAUCCUUUAUAAAACAUUUCCAAUAACAGAUGACAUUGGCAUCACAGAAGAUGCACCUUCAACCCGUUCCAUCUUUUAAAGACUGACUGAAAAUGCUGUAUGGAAGAGAUAUCUAUCACUGUCUCUUUAAAUUCAAUGUGAAAUUCCAGUGACAUAUUUGCUCUAAUUGAGAUUAGUAGCAAAACAGUAGAAAUAAAAUCAAAAUAGACAUAUUUUGAUUUGAAAAGGAAAAUAUAUUGCAAAAACGCAGAAACUUAAAGAAUUGAUUUUUUUCCUGAAAAUAUGCCUAAAGAUACAGGAAAACCAUCAUGUGACUUUGAUACCUGUGAAAAGUCAUUCUCCCAGAAUGGUAACUUAAUUAAACAUAAGCAUAUUGAUACAGGAGAGAAACGAUAUUGGUGUGAUGUCUGUGGUAAAUCAUUUUCUCAGAAUGGAAACCUCACAAAGCACAAACGUAUUCAUACAGGAGAAAGGCCAUAUCAGUGUAAUAUUUGUGGUAAAUCAUUCUGUGGAAGUGCUGAGUUCAUUACACAUAAACGUAUUCAUACAGGAGAGAAGCCAUAUCAAUGUGAUAUCUGUGAUAAAUCAUUUUCUCAGCAAUCUACCCUAACUAAACACAAACGUAUUCAUACAGGAGAGACACCAUAUCACUGUGAUAUUUGUGAUAAAUCAUUCUCUCAAUAUUAUCACUUAACUUCUCACAAGCGUAUUCAUACAGGAGAGAAGCCAUAUUGCUGUAAUAUUUGUAGUAAAUCAUUCUCUCAGAAAUCUACUCUCACUAAACACAAACGUAUUCAUACAGGAGAGAAGCCAUAUUGCUGUGAUAUCUGUAAUAAAUCAUUCUCUCAUUGUACUGACUUAACUAGACACAUACGAAUUCAUACAGGAGAGAAGCCAUAUCACUGCAAUAUUUGUAGUAAAGCAUUCUCUGAAUGUAGUGCUUUAACUUCACAUCAACUUAUUCACACUGGAAAGAAGCCAUAUUGCUGUAAUAUCUGUGGUAAAUCAUUCACUAAAAGUAAUGACUUAACUAGACACAAACGAGUCCAUACAGGAGAGAAGCCAUAUCUUUGUAAUAUCUGUAGUAACUCAUUCUCUCAAAGUGGUGAGUUAACUGUACACAAACGCAUUCAUACAGGAGAGAAGCCAUAUCAGUGUGAUAUCUGUGGUAAAUCGUUCUCUCGAAAUACUACCUUAACCAUUCACAAACGAAUCCAUACAUGAGAGAACCCAUAUCAGUGUGAUAUCUGUGGUGAGUCCUUCGCUAGAUAUGAUUAUCUCAUUUCUCACAAACGUGUUCAUACAGGGGAGAAACCAUAUCAAUGUGACAUCUGCUGCAAAUCAUUCUCUGUCAGCAGUUCCUUAAU